UACCCUUGCCCGACCCUGGGCACACACUCGCCAGAACCACAGGAGUGUGCCGGUGAUUGGCAGACCAGCCCUACGCUUCUCCAUGAGCUCAUGAACCUCGGGGCAGGUGCCCUGCGAUGGCGCGGCCUUUGAGCGACAGGACCCCGGCCCCCUUGUUACUGGGUGGCCCUGCCGGGGCUCCGCCUGGCGGGGGAACGCUGCUUGGACUGCGGAGCCUUCUGCAAGGAACCAGUAAGCCCAAAGAGCCUGCUAGCUGUCUCCUGAAAGAAAAGGAGCGCAAGGCGGCUCUGCCCGCAGUCCCCAUCCCUGGCUCGGGCCUGGAGACCGCGGGCCCAGCUGAUGCCCCGGCUGGGGCGUUGGGGGGCAGCGGGUCCCCGCGGGGGCGCCCAGGAACCGUGCCUGGCCCGGGUCUGUUGGGGCCACUGCUGUGGGAGCGCACGCUGCCCUUCGGCGACGUGGAGUACGUGGACCUGGACGCCUUCCUGCUGGAGCACGGGCUCCCGCCCAGCCCGCCGCCACCCGGAGGUCUAUCGCCCGUGCCCUCGCCGGCGCGCACUCCAGCGCCCUCCCCAGGGCCUGGCUCCUGUGGCUCAGCUUCUCCCCGCUCCUCGCCGGGACACGCCCCCGCUCGAGCUACCUUGGGGGCCGCCGGCGGCCACCGCGCAGGUCUGACCUCUCGUGAUACACCCAGUCCUGUGGACCCAGACACGGUGGAGGUGCUGAUGACCUUUGAACCCGAUCCAGCCGAUCUGGCCCUAUCAAGCAUUCCAGGCCAUGAGACUUUUGAUCCUCGGAGACAUCGUUUCUCAGAGGAGGAGCUAAAGCCUCAGCCAAUCAUGAAGAAGGCCAGGAAAGUCCAGGUGCCCGAGGAGCAGAAGGAUGAGAAGUACUGGAGCCGGCGAUACAAGAACAAUGAAGCAGCCAAGCGGUCUCGCGAUGCUCGGCGGCUCAAGGAAAACCAGAUAUCAGUGCGGGCGGCCUUCCUGGAGAAGGAGAACGCCCUGCUUCGGCAGGAGGUGGUGGCUGUGCGGCAGGAGCUUUCCCACUACCGUGCGGUCCUGUCGCGAUACCAGGCUCAGCAUGGGGCGCUGUGAGACCACCUCAGUCCGCCCGGGGCGGAGCCCUCUUCCUUGCUCAGACUUGCACCCCAUACCUUCACCCCUCCUUGCCCGAUGGCCCACGGUCUGGCCAGCUGGGUGCCCCAGGGACGUAAUGAUGCAAAUACAUAUAUAUUUUUAAGAAAAAGCGAGCCUCCCCCCUCCCUCGCGGGGGCGGAUCCUGUGUGCUCUGAGCACGUCGGGGACCCUACUCUCCCAAUCGCCUCCGUUAACACGAUCCUGAAUAAAUCUUGAGAACCCCGAGCCAGCUGU